AUGCAGCUUUCCCAUGAUAUUGUCCCGCGUGUCUUACCCUUUCAACACCACGUUAUGAGAAACUACGGUAAGAAUUCGUUUACUUGGAUAGGUCCAUAUCCGGUGAUAAAUCUCAUGGAUCCAGACAUGAUUAAAGAAAUUCUGAAUAGAGUCUAUGACUUCCCUAAGCCAAAACUGAUAUCUCAAACUGAAGCUCUGGUGAGUGGACUUGUUCGACACGAGGGUCAGAAAUGGACUAAACAUAGAAGUCUUUUGGACCCAGCUUAUCGUUUUGAUAAAUUAAAGCUUAUGUUACCUGCUUUCGAGGAAAGUUGUAAUGAGAUGAUUAGAGAAUGGGAGGUUGUAAUCUCAGAAAAAGGAUCGAUGGAAGUUGAUAUAUGGACUUAUUGUCAUGACUUAUUCUCUGACAUGAUUGCUCGAGCAGCAUUUGGCAAUGGCUAUCAAGAAGGCAAAAAGAUAUUCAUUCUCCAACAAGAACAAGUUGAGCUUUCACUUUUAGCUAUGAAAUCACUUUACAUCCCAGGAUCCAGGUACUUACCAACCAAGUUCAAUAGAAGAUUGAAACAAACAGAAAAAGAGAUGUCAGCAAUGCUUAAAGACAUCAUUGAGAAGAGAGAAAAGGAAAUGAAGAGAGGAGAGACCUUCGAUGACUUACUGGGUUUCUACAUGACAUUGAACUCGAAAGAAAUCGAAGAAAAUGGAAAGACGGCUGGACUCACGGUACCUGAGCUUAUUGAUGAGUGCAAAGCUUUCUACUUGGCUGGGGAGAAUGCAAGUUCUGUGCUGGUAACAUGGACAAUGGUUUUGUUGAGCAUGCAUCAAGAUUGGCAAACCAAAGCAAGAGAGGAGGUUUUGCAGGUUUUUGGCAACAAGAAACCAGAUUUUGAUGGGCUCAGCCGCCUCAAAAUUGUGACUAUGAUUCUUCAUGAGGUUUCUAGACUAUAUCCUCCUGCAGUGGAAACUUACAGAAUGAUUUACCAAGAAACAAGAUUAGGAAAAUGGAAACUCCCAGGAGGGGUGAUGAUCAGGCUACCCAUAACAAUGGUUCAACAUGAUCAAGAUCUUUGGGGUGAUGAUGUUAAUGAGUUCAAACCUGAAAGAUUCUCUUCAGGAGUAGCAGAAGCAACCAAGGGUCAAGUUUCAUAUUUUCCCUUUAGUUGGGGUCCUAGAACUUGCAUUGGCAAGAAUUUUGGAAUGUUACAGGCUAAAUUUUCUUUGUCCAUCAUCCUUCAACGCUUCUGGUUUGAACUUUCUCCAUCGUAUUCUCAUGCUCCAUACCCCUCUGUUACUCUUCAACCCCAAUCUGGAGCUCAUAUAGUUUUACAUAAAAGAGUUUGA